AGCAGCCUUCCCUUGUCCAAUAUGUGUGACAUUUCUGGACAGGACAACCGCGGCGCCGGCACGGAGUUCCAUGAAGGAAGGCGCUGCAGGCCCACGGCCUUCAUCGUGUGACACAUGCAGCCGUCUUCCCUGUCAGUCGGCCCCCGCCGAACGUACUAGCAGUGACUGUGGAAUCCUUCAGAGCCCGUUCUGUUGCUGAGGAGGAAAGCUAAGAUGAAGGGCAUGCCACUCCGAACGCAUGUGCUACUGAGCCUAGCGAUCACGACACUCGUGCAAGCUGUAGACAAGAAAGCAGGCUGCCCACAAUUAUGUACGUGUGAAGUCAGGCCUUGGUUUACACCCCGAUCCAUUUAUAUGGACGCAUCUACUGUGGAUUGUAAUGACUUAGGUCUCUUAAAUGUCCCAGCCAGGCUGCCUGCUGACACACAGGUUCUGCUCCUGCAGACGAACAACAUUGCCGAAAUUGAACACUCCAUAGACUUGCCCGUGAACCUUACUGGCCUGGACUUAUCACAAAACAAUUUAUCUUCGGUCACCAAUAUUAAUGUCAAAAACAUGCCUCAGCUGCUCUCCGUGUACCUAGAGGAAAACAAACUCACUGAGCUGCCUGACAAAUGUCUGUCUGGACUGAGCAACUUACAGGAGCUCUAUAUUAAUCACAACUUGCUUUCUGCGAUUUCGCCAGGAGCCUUUAUUGGCCUACACAAUCUUCUUCGACUUCAUCUCAAUUCAAAUAGAUUGCAGAUGAUCAACAGUAAGUGGUUCGACGCUCUUCCCAAUCUGGAGAUUUUGAUGAUUGGGGAGAAUCCAAUCAUCAGAAUCAAAGACAUGAACUUUAAGCCACUUAUCAACCUUCGCAGCCUGGUGAUAGCAGGUAUAAACCUCACGGAAGUACCAGAUAAUGCCUUGGUUGGGCUUGAAAACUUAGAAAGCAUCUCUUUUUAUGACAACAGGCUUAUGAAAGUGCCCCACGUUGCUCUUCAAAAAGUUGCAAACCUCAAAUUUCUGGAUCUCAAUAAGAAUCCCAUUAAUAGAAUCCAGAGGGGUGAUUUUAGCAAUAUGCUACACUUAAAGGAGGUAGGGAUAAAUAACAUGCCCGAGCUCAUUUCCAUCGACAGUCUUGCUGUGGACAACUUGCCGGAUUUAAGAAAAAUAGAAGCAACAAACAACCCCAGGUUGUCUUACAUUCACCCCAAUGCGUUCUUCAGGCUGCCCAAGCUGGAGUCCCUCAUGCUGAACAGCAACGCCCUCAGCGCCCUGUACCACGGCACGAUCGAGUCCCUGCCCAGCCUCAAGGAGAUCAGCAUACACAGCAAUCCCAUCAGGUGCGACUGUGUCAUCCGCUGGAUCAACAUGAACAAAACCAACAUUCGAUUUAUGGAGCCAGAGUCGCUCUUCUGCGUGGACCCACCCGAAUUCCAAGGCCAAAAUGUCCGGCAGGUGCACUUCCGGGAAAUGAUGGAAAUCUGUCUCCCUCUUAUAGCGCCAGAGAGCUUUCCUUCCAACCUGGAUUUAGAAGCUGGGAGCUAUGUUUCCUUACACUGUAGAGCUACCGCGGAGCCACAGCCUGAAAUCUACUGGGUAACACCUUCUGGUCAGAAACUCUUGCCUAACACCCUGACAGACAAGUUCUACGUCCAUUCAGAAGGCACGCUAGAUAUAAGUGGCAUAACUGUGGCAGAAGCAGGGUUAUAUACUUGCAUAGCAACUAAUCUGGUUGGUGCUGACUUAAAGUCUGUGAUGAUCAAAGUGGAUGGUUCUUUUCCUCGGGAUAACAAUGGAUCCUUGAACAUUAAAAUAAAAGAUGUUCAGGCCAAUUCAGUUCUGUUGUCUUGGAAGGCAAGUUCUAAGAUUCUCAAAUCCAGCGUGAAGUGGACAGCCUUUGUCAAGACAGACAACUCCCAUGCCGCCCAAAGUGCUCGAAUACCUUCUGAUGUCAAGGUAUACAAUCUCACUCAUCUGAACCCAUCCACUGAGUAUAACAUUUGUAUUGAUGUCCCCACCAUCUAUCAGAAACACAGAAAACAGUGUGUCAAUGUCACCACAAAAGAGUUGGACCCUGAUCGAAAAGACUAUGAAAAGGGUAACAUCACAACAUUUAUGGUCUGCCUUGCAGGCUUUCUGGGGAUUAUUGGCGUGAUAGGUGUUUUCAGCUGGCUCUCUAAUAAAAUGACCUGUGAUGUUGGACAAAGGUAUGUGAGGAGUUACUUACAGAAACCAACCUUCGCACUCGGUGAGCUUUACCCUCCACUGAUCGGCCUCUGGGAAGCAGGCAAAGAAAACAGUACAGCACUGGAAGUGAAAGCAACUGUUAUAGGUGUGCCAACAGAUAUAUCUUAAAAACGACUGACUAAAUCUACUUCAAAGAAAAGCUCAAGACGGUAGUUGUGCUUGGGGGGAAAAAAGGCAGAGA